AUGUGUCUUCUUCCUGAUAAAUCUAUAUUUUGCUAUGGUAAUUAUCCUGCAUCUCCAACAGCAUUUAUAUUACACCCAGAUAACACUAUUAAACAGCUUUCAGAUGGAGAUCCGUCAUCAUGUAUGGGUGCUGUGUAUCAUGAUGGCUUUAUUUACUUAUUCGGUGGAUGAAAUGCUUCAGGUGAUGCAUGGAAUGAAGCAGCAAAUAUGAGCUAUCAACUGAUAAGUGGUAUUAUCUGAAGAGCAAUUUGCUACAUGCUUUUGGCAUAAGUUUCCCAUAUUGAGUAAAGUAUUAUAGUUCUAUUUUAUUGUGAUGCUAAAAUAAGAAAGAAAAAAAUUUUUAUUAGGGAAUAUAAAAUUUGUCCUCAGAAGGAAAUUCUUAGUCUAG